AUGUUUAAGGCGAAACAAUUUGUGGACACACAUUUUGGGAAGAAUUCAUCGGCGAAGAAUUUGCAAUUCAGAAAAGGCACAACAACAUUGGCGUUCAUCUACGAGCCGAAAACCGAUGCUGAUGUAGGAGGCAUUAUUAUCGCGGUCGAUUCGAGGGCAUCGGCCGGCGAAUAUAUUUGUUAG